GUGUAUAAAUGUACUUUGUUGAUCAAUGACACAUUUACAUCUGUGGGAAACAAUAGGGAAAAUAUUAAAAAACAAAACUACACACAAAAAAAUCACCUACUGCAAUACCUUUCAGAUCUUUUUGCAAAACAUUUUUAGCAGUUUUUUGUUUUCUCUUUGGUUAUUUGUAUUUUAUCUAAUUUGACUGAUGUUUUAACGUAAUUAUUACGUUAAAACAUAAUCUGUUUAUCUGUAUUAACUAUCAUUAUUCUGCUUCUCCUUACACCUUUCUCUCAUUACAGCAUUUAUUUAUGUAAGUGCAAUUGUAAAACAUCAGGGGUUUUGUAGGAUUGUGGUCAAGUGUAAUGACACCUACAGGUGAAAAUAAUUAAUGUAAUUAUGCCGUGGCAUAUGUAGGCUGAAAGUAAGAGUCACAAAGAUUUUUUUUACCACUGUUUUAAAACGAUUUAUUCUUCUGUGCUGACAUUGAAGCUGAGCCAGAAACCUUUAGUCUCUUCUCUUGUAAGUGGACUCAUCACCAACUGGAUAAGAAAAUGGAAACUUACACAACUUUAUAGUUUGUGUUUACCUUUAUAUACGCUAUCAUUUCAUAGGUGUAAAAAAUGUUAUCUGUAAAAGAAUAAAGCAUAAUUACAUGUGCAAUAACAGUUACACAUAAAUGAAACGGCUGCUUUAUUGUUUUUCUAAGAAACACUCUGUAAAAGUAUAACAUUCCUUCAACCCCCAACAUUUCCUGAAGCCUCACUAUGGGUUAGUUAAAAUGUAGCUCAGAUAACAUUAAGGGUGGAGUUUCAGUAGGGAGUGCCAUUGUUUCAGCCUGAGCCAGACAACACACACACACACACACACACUCACACACACCUGAGCGCACCUGUCGCCCAGUGCUGUCUUUACUUUACCUUGAAGCUGUACAGAAUCAGUGCAGACCGUGGUGCUGUCUGGAUACGAUCAGCUGGAUCAGGAAAUGGCUUCGACCAUCAGCCUCCUCCCCGAGAAGCACUUUUUGUGCUCACUGUGUCGAGACGUCUUCACCAAUCCAGUGACCAUACCAUGUGGACACAGCUUCUGUCUGUCCUGUCUCUGCCACUACUGGUCCAGACACCAGUCCAAGUAUUGUCCCCACUGUAGGAGAGUCUUUACGGACAAACCUGACCUCAGUGUGAACCGCAUUCUGUCAGACAUCUCAGAAAAAUACAGGAAUGCACGACCACAGAAAUCACCUGAUGAAGAAAAGGUCGUAGAUGUCGACCAAAUGAUUCAAGAAAGGCUGCAGAAGAUAGAAAGGUUAAAAUAUUCUCUGGAGCUUCAGAAGAGCUCUUACCUCAGAGAGGUGCGAGAGAGCCAGAAGGUGUUCUCUGCACUGGUGAACGCCAUGGAGAAGAGUCACAAAGCUGUUGUCGCUGCGAUUGAGGAGCGACAGAGAGAAGAGGAGACGAGAGUAGAAACUCUGGUUAAAGAGCUGGAACAGGAGAUUCGGGACCUGAGGAAAGAGGCUGAGGACAUUGUCGAUCAGGUUCCUGACACUGAUCAGAGUGAUACGAAGCAGGUCACCCAGAGCACCAUUUCAACUGUUUCCAUCUCUGACAUGAAGGACUGGUCUAAGGUCACUGUGGAAACUGACCCUUGUAUUGGGGUCACUAGGCGGGCACUGUCGGACAUGUUGGAUAAGAUCAAAGUAGAAGUUAAUAGGUUAUCCAAAUCUGAACUGAAGAGAAUAGAGAAAUACACAGUGGACGUCAAUCUGAGUGCUAAGACAGCUCACCCCUUCCUCUCAGUCUCAGAUGACAGGAAACAGGUGAGACACACAGACAAGCUUCAGGAGGUUCCAGAUCACCCCAAGCGGUUUGACCGGGUGGCAAACGUGCUGGCCAAAGAAAGUUUUCAAAGUGGGCGGAGCUACUGGGAGGUGGAGGUCGGAGAGAAGACUGAGUGGAACCUUGGAGUCGUGAAACAGUCCAUAAACAGGAAAGGCAAGUUCACCGUCUGUCCAGCCAAUGGGUUCUGGAUUUUAAGCCUAAAGACUGGAGGCCAGUAUUUCGCCAACACCUCACCUGUCACUCUGGUGGCCCUCGAACAGAAGCCUAAGAAGGUGGGCAUAUAUUUGGACUGCACAGAGGGCCGUGUGUCCUUCUACUGUACGGAAUCGGGAGUCCACAUUUACACCUUCACUGACACCUCCACAGACAAACUUCAUCCAUUCUUCAGUCCUGGUCGCCUGCAUUGUGGCAAAAACGCCUCUCCCUUGAUCAUCUCUUCAAGUUUCUGUAGCAUUUAAAUUAUAAUGUUCUGUCUACAGUACAGCUGUGCACCAUUGUGUAUAAAAUAUAUUUAUUAAAUUAUUUGAUCCCACAACGAACCACAUUUUUUAAGUCUAAACUGUGAACAAGGGCUCUUCUAAGACCUGAAACGCUGAACUCGUAAACUUCAAUAAAAGCCAUCAACAGAUUGAAAGGAGGAAAGAAUAAAAUAGAAGGCUCUCAUAAAUGAACGAGAAAGGCCACGCAGAAAAAAAGAGUCGAAAAUGGGUUGCAGAGUUGGAUGGAUGUAAGGGGGUGCAGGGUUGGGACAGAGGUUGCAGAGAAGGGAGGGAGGGCACAGCCGAACAGCGGGGCAUUGUGCUCGUACACCAGGCACUGGGAGUCACACUCAAACACGUUCACGCAUUCACACAAUAACACGGCCGUGCACACAAGCGCAUGCUUCUGCCCACUGCCACACAGAAUUGCGUUGGCAUCUGGGAGGGCAGCCCCAUCUCCAGUCCAGUCCUGGGUGUUGAAGUGGAUCGAACCCUGUUUACUGCAGUGCAACUUACCUCCAAGACUGAAACGCUCUUGCUCUCCAGACUUCCUCUGGAAU